AUGGGUUUUGCUCACCCAAUGACAGAUAUGCCUCUUGUUUUUCACCUGAAAAAAAAAAUAGAAGUCAAAAGCGUACUGCAGCUCUUUCGGAGAUUCUCCUUUACCAAAAGCAAACCUCAUGUGCCCCCGAUAUUAUUGGUCGAAUGCCUCGAAGAAAUCUUAGAACACUUAAAAAAUGAUAGAUCGACCCUCUACUCGUGCAUCUUUGUGAACCGACUCUUCUGUCGACUCGCCAUUCCAUUAUUAUGGCGCAGGCCUUUCGAAUAUCCAAACAAAUAUCGAUUUCGGCUUAUACGUACCUACAUCUCUUGUUUGGACGAUGAUCAAAAGAAGAUUUUACUUGACAACGGGCUAAAAGUGCCCGAUUUGCCGAAACCGUUCUUUGAUUACCCAAAGUACAUGCAAGGAUUUGAUUUCUUUCACUUCACCGAGGCCAUUGAGAAAUGGGUGGAGGGAAAUUAUUGCUCCAUGCCUCCCUAUCUAAUAAAUAACAUGGAGUUGAUUGAACAAAUUAUCGGUAACAUGCUCUUCAGUCGGUCGAACGGUCUUCGCAUAUUCAAAUAUUACCGGGGAUUCGGAAAUAUAAUUAAUUAUCAAUACUUUACCGACAUAAAGUUGUACACAUCGUUCUCACACUCUCUGUCAAACCUCCGAACAUUCGAAUUUCAAGCAUUCAGCUACCGUGACAAUGAAUCCUUUGCCGCCUGGUCCAACUUAUUCACCAGCAUCGCGAAUUCCACCAGGAACAUAAAACACUUGUCACUCUUCAUCCCAGCCAAAGCACACCAUAACCAACAGCUUUGUCAAGCUUUGUCGCAAUUAAUUCUAUCGCAGCCCAAUUUAUCGAGUCUGGUGAUCGACGAGCUAACCGCUCAGUUUGUAUACGACGCCCUCACGGUCAAAGCAAAAUGCCUGACUUUCCUAAGAGUCACGUGGUUAAAAAAGUUUCGCCUUUUACAUCACCUUUUGCUGAAUUGUCCGAAUCUGGAGACACUGGAAUUCUCGCAAUCUACGAGUUUCACGGAUGAAGUCAUCGAUUCAACGCUCACCACCCAACUUCCUCUUAAAAACCUUUACUGCGGUGACGGGGAUCCCUCGUCGCAAAUCAUCUCGAUGAUCCUCAAGAUGUCGAAUCAAAAUUUAAAAACGCUUUCGCUAAGAAACGUCACACCGGAAAUUCUAGAUGCGAUAGAACAAUACUGUCCAAAGAUCACCCACCUCUGUCUGAAAAUAACGGCGACGCAACUCCCAAGAUUCAUAACGUUGUUGUCGGGGUUGGCACUUGAACAUUUGACGAUUGAGAAUUCCGAAGAGCCCAAAUACACGACCGAGAAGAUCAAACUGUUGGCUCAAACUAUCCCUCUCUCGCUACGUUACUUUGGAAUCAAAUUUUCUGCAUCCAUACGUGACCUACAGGUCUUCUUCAAGGAGUGCGGUGCCUCGUUAAACGUGCUGGCUUUGUAUUACAUACCAAAGAUGGAUGCGGAUACACUGGAAUAUAUAUUCAAAUAUUCAAAGUAUCUUCGGAGUUUGAGAGAAAUCAGAUUCGACAGGAAACUUUUUAAAUACUACCAAUCGUUACCACCGCAGGAUGUGCAAAGAUUUCCGGUUUAUAAUUAUAAUGUCGGCGAGGCGAAACCAUUGAGUCAUAGAUUCUAUGGAACCCAACACUUCGAGAAUUGUAAUCGGGUAAAACAAUGUUUAAAAAUCGGAAGAUCGGAGGUAGGAAAACAAAGAUCUUCCGUGGUGAUGUCCAAAAUCGAUGGGUUACAAUCCAUUCGUUGGUGUAGCGAGGAAUCAGAUGACAAUCAAUAUCGGAAAGGAAAAUCUGGUGGGUUCACCUUAGCACCGAAAAGAGUCCCUAUUUUGCAGGUAUCAGAAUAG